AUGGAUGAUAAGCAAUUCACCCAUCAUCAUCAACAACAACGACCUCCUACUCCAGCACCAUCCUCAUCAGCAGCUUCUCAAGUCGAUGGAUUGCGAUUAUCUUUACCAAAGGCUUAUGGCUCAUUUAUGAGUACAGCAUGGGGAUCAGAGGUAGAUCCAAUGAUGGUGCCAUCUGACCACAGUGUCCCUUCCACACCACCCCACACGACCGUUAGUGAGAAUGAUAACGAAGAAGGCUUGUAUCUUUUAUGGACACAUCAAAUAUUGCGUGAUCGUGGUAUGGCACCCCAUUCCUGUAACGGCGAGGUGAACGAUAGCGACGACGAUGGUAGCAGCAUUACCCAAGAAGAUUAUUAUAUGGAUACCCAAGCAACAACACCGCAUCGAUCAUCACAAGAAGCAUCCUUAUCAUCCCCAUUAUCUUUCUCUAGUAUGAUCGAUACCUGCUUUGGUUGCUUCUCAUCAAAGCCCUGA